AUGGACGAAGUGAUGGGAGGACGACCACUGGCCAACGUCGAUGUCCACGGCGUGGACGUGGGUUUUGAGGAGGAACUGUGUGAUGGGGACAGUUCUUCUCUGAACGCUGCUCCGGACGCUGAAACUAACUGUCCCGCAGACGUCACUGUAGUAGAUCUUCACCGUGAGAAGCACGAUCCCCUCCACGUUAAACAGGAAGAGGAGUCCAAGAUGCCGUACAUCAAACAGGAGGCAGAGCCAGAUACCCCAGACAUUAAAGAAGAAGAACAGCAAGUUGAAAUCCGCAAGUUUCCAAUGGGUGUCACCGUGAAGAGUGAAGACGACGAAGGACCAAGCGAAGAGAGCGGAGCAGCGAACCCUUCGAGUGACAGCUCAUUUCAGCACGUGACAACAAAAGGAGAGGGACAAUCGCAACCGGACGACCUCUUAGCUCCGCUUUCGGACAGCGACGACAUAACGUCACACUCCUCUGACUGUAAUACUGAUGAGGAGGAUUAUGACUUUGACCAAAAUGCUUCAAAAUCUUUAAACAAGUCAUCAGUGAAAAGAGACACAAAAGAAUGCGCGGUUCCCACGGUUGUCACUGUAGAAGAUCUUCACCCUGAGAAGCAUGAUCCCCUCCACGUUAAACAGGAGGAGGAGCCAGACAUGCCGUGGAUCAAACAGGAGGUGGAGCCAGAGACCCCUGAUAUUAAAGAAGAAAAACAGGAAGUUGAAAUCAUCAAGUUCCCAAUGGGUGUCAGUGUAAAGAGUGAAGAAGCCGAAGGUCCAAGCGAUGAGAGCGGAGCAGCGAAACCUUCGAGCGACAGCUCAUUUCAGCACCUGACAACAAAAGGAGAGGGACGAUCGCAACCGGACGGCCUCUUAGCUCCGCUUUCGGACAGCGACGACAUAACGUCACAUUCUUCUGACUUUAAUACUGAUGAGGAGGAUAAAGACUUUGACCCAAAUGCUUCAAAAUCCUUAGACAAGUCAUCAUUGAAAAGAGACGGAAAAGAAUGCGCGGUUCCCACAGAUGUCACUGUAGAAGAUCUUCACCCUGAGAAGCACGAUCCCCUCCACGUUAAACAGGAGAAGGAGUCAGACAUGCCAUGGAUCAAACAGGAGGUGGAGCCAGAGACGCCUGACAUUAAAGAAGAAAAACAGGAAGUUGAAAUCAUCAAGUUUCCAAUGGGUGUCAGUGUAAAGAGCGAAGAAGCCGAAGGUCCAAGCGAUGAGAGCGGAGCAGCGAAACCCUCGAGCGACAGCUCAUUUGAGCACCCAACAACAAAAGGAGAGGGACCAUCCCAACCGGAAGGCUAUUUAGCUCCGCUUUCGGACAGCGACGACAAAACGUCACAUUCUUCUGACUUUAAUACUGAUGAGGAGGAUGAUGACUUUGACCCAAAUGCUUCAAAAUCCUUACACAAGUCAUCAUUGAAAAGAGACGCAAAAGAAUGCGCGGAUGGGAAACCUUUUCCCUGCUCAGUUUGUGAUAAAAUAUUUCCUAGGAAAUCCAAUUUAAAGGCACACAUGCGAACACACACUGGAGAGAAGCCUUUCGUCUGCACGUUUUGUGGUAAACGAUUCACUCAGAAGGAACAUUUAGUAUUGCACACAAGAAACCACACUGGAGAGAAGCCUUUUCCCUGCUCACUUUGUGAUAAAACUUUUUCUUCGAAACAUCAUUUAAAAAGACACAUUCGUACACACACCGGGGAGAAGCCUUUUGUGUGCACGUGUUGUGGUAAACGAUUCACUCAGAAGGGACAAUUAGUAUUGCACACAAGAAACCACACUGGAGAGAAGCCUUUUGCCUGCGCACUUUGCGGUAAAAGAUUCACCGAGAAGGGAGGUUUAAACAUUCACACAAGAACACACACUGGAGAGAAGCCUUUUGCCUGCACACUUUGUGAUAAAAAAUACUUCACAAGGUCAAAAUUAAACAGUCACACGAGAACACACAGUGGAGAGAAGCCAUUUGCCUGCACACUUUGUGGGAAAAGAUUCACCCUUAAGGGAGUUUUAAACAAACACACAGGCACACACACUGGAGAGAAGCCUUUUGUGUGCACGUUUUGUGGUAAACGAUUCAGUCAGAAGGGACAUUUAGUAUCGCACACAAGAAACCACACUGGAGAGAGGCCUUUUGCAUGCACAGUUUGUGGUAAAAAAUUCAGUCGGAAGGGAAGUUUAUCAUUGCACUUAAGAAACCACACUGGAGAAAAGCCUUUUGCCUGCACACUGCGAUAA